GCUCACGGUGACGAUGUCAUUCUAUGACGAGCUCCUAAUCAGUGUGAGUGUGCUGUAGGCGAGUGUGCAGAGUUCGCCUGUAAUGAGCAUCAGAUCCUUUGUUCUGGUUUACCUGCCUCAGCUGACGUGCUUAAUAAUGGAACAUCUGUAUGAGCUGUGCCGUCAGCCGCUGGUGUCAAUAAAGUUUAACUCUGGAAUUCAAAGCAAAGCUAUUUUCAGCUGCUCUCGCACCACCAGCAGAUUUUACCUGGACUCUGUUCCUGCCACAAAAGUGAUGAGACUGAGAUCAGUUUGAUGUGACCUCAGUGUUCAUAAACAGCUAUGAUGUGUCUUUGUUUACCAAACCGCGUUUCAGAUUUUCAUAUAUCAAUAAAGUUUAAUGACGGAUUGUGUGUGUGUGGAGUCAGACUUUGAGCUCUAACAGAAUGAACAUUAAUGAUGUCUGAAUUUGUCUUUGCAAACACAACGAUGUCAAACUAAAUCCUGAUGAAGACUCUGCUGAUGAAAGCAGGUGAAAGAAAAAUCAAUGAGUGUUUAUAGAAAUGAAUCUAACAUGUUUAUAUUCCAGAUGUUUUAAUAUCUGCCAUUUAAAUUUACUCUGAAUAUGGAUAAAAUCUCAUUCUGAUUUAAUUCAGUUUAAUUUCUACAGCACAAAAUCACAACAACAGUCAGCUGAAGCAGCUUCAUAUUGUGAUGCAAAUACUCUUCCAUGACGCAACAUUAAUACGAGCUGAGGUUCAUCUGCUGCAGUCUGACUGGUUUAUAAAUGUGAAUCUGAAUUUCUCUGCUUGAAUAUUUAAAUGCAGAUUGAAGGUAAUGUUAAUGUUACAGAGAAAUGUGAUCCAGCUGCUCUGAAGAGCUCGCCAUGAUGACAUCACACUGUGGCGUCCACGCAGGAACAUCAGCCACACACCCACAGAGCUGACUGUAACUCUGAUCACUGUUACAGGUUCAUUGUUACAGCAGGUCUGACUUCAGUGUUGGGUGCAGAUAACUAUUAUACAUGAAUAUGUCUCCAUGACUGCAGACUGCGACUGAAACGUAAAUGAAAGCAGGUUUUCAGUUUGCUCCGCUUUCAGAGCUUUAACGGACAGAAACACACGUGGGGGUGAACUAUGAGCUGAUCCCACAGUAACAGAUGACGCUGUGGUCAUGUGACCUGACUUCCUGUUUCUCGAGCAGCUCUCCGUCAGACUGAGUCAGUUUGUCUGGAGAACUUAGAAACAUGGCUUCAUCCUUCCUCUGCCUCCUCUUCAUCAGCCUCAGCACAGCAGAUGGAUUCAUGACUUACAGACUGUCUCGCUGUGACUUUAACUCCACUGAGCUGAAGGACAUCCGGUUCACCGACUCUUACUAUUACAACAUGAUAGAGAUCAUCAGGUUUGACAGCAAUGUGGGGACGUUUGUUGGAUUCACUGACUUUGGAGUGAAGACCGCAGAGGCCUGGAACAAUAUUCCUGCGAGGCUGGCUACCAUGAGGGCUCAGAAGGGGACGUACUGCAAACCAAACAUUGAUGUCAGAUACCACAACCUUAUGUCUAAAUCAGCUCCGCCCACUGUCAAACUUCACUCCACCACGCCUCUCUCCAGUCACCAUCCUGCCAUGUUGGUCUGCAGUGUCUAUGACUUCUUUCCCAGUAAGAUCAAAGUGAGCUGGCACAGAGACGGACAGGAAGUCACCUCUGAUGUCACUUCCACUGAGGAGAUGGAGGAUGGGGAUUGGUACUACCAGACCCACUGCUACCUGGAGUACACACCCAGGUCUGGAGAGAAGAUCUCCUGUGUGGUGGAGCACGCCAGCCUGGAGA